UGAUUUUCUUGAUACGUUGUUUUCUUCUCGGCUACCAACUCAACACUUGAGAGUAGCCUUGCCUAUUAACCCGAGCUCGAAUCCCUCUCCCUGCAGUUUAGAUUAGUUGAAGGCGAAUUAGCGCUUGUAUAAAAAGAAAGCAGUCUCUCCCUGGUUUCAAAUGCAUUCAUGAAUCUGUGAUCCAAAGAAUUGCCCUCUUGUUUUAGAAUUUAAAUUUCAGAGCUGGGUGAUUGCUGUUGUCGUUGUAAUUAUGGAAGCGGCGGUCAUUACGUCAAUUAUAGUGCCUGCUGCAAAAAAAGCAUUUGGAUUCCUGUUUGGUGCCGCCAGAAAGGCGCAUAAGACGGCUAAGAUGUUUCCAGAACUCCACAACAAGCUCAGUUCGAUGCUAAAGUCUCUAGAGUCUCGGAGACCAUUGAUCGCACAGAUAAACCAAACCGGAACCAAUUCGGUUCCUGAAACGUUUACAAGGACAAUGGAGGAUGGCAAGAAGCUGGUCGAAAGGUGCAACAAGGUUUCCCACGGGAUGUGGAACAUAUGGGAACAGCGUAAAUAUGCGAAUAAAAUUAUGGAAUGGGAGAAAUCUCUUCAAAUACUCUUGCCUCAGCUGAAUUCUGCAAAUCUUGUGGCACAAAAUCAAAUCCAAAACCUUAUUACAACUAGGUAUGCAGUUCCUUACCUUCCAUCCGAUACGCUUCGGCUGGAUGCACAAUUGGCUGAGAUCAAGAUGAAAUUCCUUACGGACAACGCGCCAUCAAUGCUUGUGCUCACUGCUCCGCCAGGGUGUGGGAAAACCUAUAUGGCAAAAAUGCUUUGUCAUGAUCAACAAGUCAAAGCUAAAUUCAAGGACAAUAUCUUCUUUACCACGGUUUCCGAAAACCCCAACAUUGAUGUCCAAGAAUUCUGCCAACAUGCCGGAUUCAGGUCACCUGCUUUAGAAAAUGAAGAAAUUGCGGCUGGGCAAAAUCCUUUCCUAUUAAUCUUGGAUGAUGUUCCGUCUACAUCAGAAUCCCUUCUUCACGAGUUUAAUCAAAUCAACAUUUCAGAUUCCAAGAUUUUGGUGACAUCAAGAUGCCAUUUUCCGAAAUUCGGGUCUCCAUAUGAAUUACAAGCAUUGAGUAAAGACGAUGCACUGACUCUUUUUCGUCGUUCAGCAUUCCCGCCAAAUACGAGCUUCAACGAAGCUGAUUUUCAGCAAGAGUUGAAUGAGAUAGUAAACCACUGUAAGAAAUUUCCACUUGCCAUUACAACGAUAGGAGGGUCGCUUUGUAAUCAGCCUAUAGAGAAAUGGAGACUCAAAUGCACAGAAUUAUAUCAAGGUUCUAUUCUUGAGUCAGAGGAAAGUUUGCGUGUAGCCCUCCAAGGUUGCUUAGAUGACUUGAAUAAAGGAAUGGCUACUGUCAAGGAUUGUUUCAAAGACCUUGGUUUAUUUCCCAAAAACCAAAGAAUCCCCGUUGCUGCCCUCCUUGAUAUGUGGACAGAGUUAUAUGAGGGAGCAAAUGAUAACAUGUCAAUGGUGAACCUCUAUGAGCUCACCAUCCGCAAUUUGGCCAGUAUUGUAAUCACAAGGAAUAAGGGUAUGGAUGGCUACUAUGGUGAACACUUUGUUAUCCAACAUGAUAUGCUUAAAUUGCUAUCAAUCCUUGAGAGUAGUGAUGAUCCGAUAGGACAUAGACUGAUUAUAGACAUACGUGAAGGGGAGCUUCCAACAUGGUGGACGGAGAAGCAGCAGAAAACGAAUAAGGCUCGCUUGGUAUCUGUCUCAACUGGCGAAUCGUCUUCAACAGAGUGGCACAACAUGGAUCUACCAAAAGGCGAGGUUCUAGUUUUGAAUUUUCAAGCAAAGAACUAUGCCUUACCCAAGUUCAUGAAGAAAAUGUGCAAGUUGAAGGUUCUAAUAGUCACAAAUGAUGGCUUCUCACCUGCUGAGCUAAGCAACUUUGAACUGCUGUGUUCUUUAUCUAAUCUAAAGAGACUAAGAUUAGAGCGUAUUUCAAUUCCUUUGAUAAGCAAGGAGAGCAUUCAAUCAAAAAAACAGAAGAGCAUUCAAUCGAAUAGUCUAAAGAAGAUAUCUUUAUUCAUGUGUAACGUCAGAGAAGCAUUUGGAAACUCUUCCAUCCAAAUUUUUGAGACAUUCCCAUACCUAGAGGAGUUGCACAUCGACUAUUGUAACGAUUUGGAGAAAUUGCCUGCCAAGCUAUGUGAUCUUAUCCGCCUAAAAGUUCUCAGCAUCACCAACUGUCAUAAGCUAUCUGUCUUGCCUGAAGACAUCGGAAAGCUGGAGAAUUUGGAAGUGUUGAGGCUAAGGUCCUGCACAGACUUGGAAGAACUUCCAGGCUCGAUUGAGAAACUCAGUAAGUUGUACUUUCUUGACAUAUGUAAUUGUUUCAGCAUUAAGAAGUUGCCCGAAUGCAUUGGUAAGAUGAAUGGUUUAAGAAAAAUCAACAUGGCACAAUGUUCAAGAUUGAAUGAGCUGCCUGUGUCAGUGUAUGAUCUUGAUCAGCAAUUAGAGAAAGUGACAUGUGACGAAGGCGCAAGAAAUUUAUGGGAAUCUGUCUUAUCAAAUCUCGACAAAAUAACGGUGGCUAAAGAAGAAUUCAACCUGAAUUGGCUCCACAGACCUCAGAAUUGAGAGCUCUCUUUCCACAAUAAGUAUUGGAGCAAAUGUCCUGUGUGUGAUUUGUAUGGUUUAUUCUUCCCUGUUUCUCAUUUGGUGUUUGUAUGAGAUAUUGCAUCAUUCCACUGUC